AUGGAGAACAUCACUUCUGUUGGUGAGAUUCUAACCAUGGAGAGGUUAAAGGUCACCAACGAGUCCUCCAUCCCCGUCUUCGUCAUCCUCCUCCUCAUCUACAUUUUUAUCGUGGUGUCCAACUUUGGCCUGGUGGUGCUGAUUGUCAGGACCAGGAGCCUCCAGCAGCCCAUGUACCUGCUCCUCUGCAACAUGAGUAUUAACGAUGUGUUUGGGGCGACAAUCGUCGUCCCUCAGAUACUCAGCGAUCUGUUGAUCUCAGACUCUGAGCGGCUCGUCCGCUACGGCGACUGCGCCGUUCAGGCCUUUUGCGUUCAUCUGCAUGCGAGUGCUUCCCACACAGUGCUCAUGAUCAUGGCUUUCGACCGCUAUGUGGCCAUCUGCAGGCCGCUGCGGUACGGCGGCAUCAUGACUGGCGGGACAGUGGCGGUGCUUUCGGCGUCGGCAUGGGGGACCGCUUCAUUGAUGGUGGCAAUCCUGGUGGGCCUCAGUGUCCGCCUGUCACAGUGCCGGUCGGUCAUAUCCAACUUGUUCUGCGACAACGCCUCUCUGGUCAAACUGUCAUGUGAAAGCGUCCUCAUCAACCAGGUGUAUGGCCUCGGCUACACGGUGGUGCUGCUGGGCUCGUCCAUGGGCAGCGUGGUGGUCACCUACCUGAGGAUCGCCGCCGUGUGUCUGCGCAGCAAGAACAAGUCAAUGAACGGCCGAGCGCUGCGGACAUGCGGCACCCACCUGGCAGUGUACGUCAUCCUCCUGGUGUCAGGGUUCCUCAUCGUGAUCCUGCACCGCUUCCCUCAGCUGGCGGAGCACAGGAAGGUGGCGGCCGCCAUGGGACACGUGGCGUUGCCGGCGCUGAACGCCAUCAUCUACGGACUGCAGAUUAAACAAGUCCGGCAGAAGAUCAUGGCUUUUUUACAGAACAAUAAAGUAACUUAA